UUCCAGUAAGGUAUCUGUACUUUUACUUAAGUAUGGCUUUUGAGUACUUUAUACACCACUGCCAUAACGGCGCAUCACAUCACGGAUGAAUGGCAGCUUUUAGCUCAUGUUCUUCAAACCAGGGCGAUGCAUGAGAGUCAUACCGGGGCUAAUGUGGCUGAGGUGCUGAAAACGGCAACCGAAGAGUGGGGCAUCUCUAACAAGCCGAUUGUUUUGGUAACGGACAAUGCGUCCAACAUGGUAGUGGCUGCGCAGGUCGGGGGCUACCUUCACGUGAAAUGUUUUGCCCAUACCCUCAACCUCGCCUCACAGCGCGCACUUAAGCUGCCUGCUGUCGCUAGGUUACUGGGAAGAGUCCGGAGAAUAACCACUUUUUUCCACCGCAGUACAAUCGCCAACUCCAUGUUGGAACAAAAACAAAAGCUCCUGGACCUCCCCACUCACAAGCUUAAGACCGAUGUUGUGACCCGUUGGAACAGUGGCUACGAAAUGCUUCAGCGUUUCUUGGAACAACAACCCGCGAUCUGUGCUGCUCUGUUGUCCUCUGACGUCAGGCGGUCAGGAAGUGAUAUUUGCACCCUCAACGAAAAUGACAUUACAGACGCUGAGGACAUAAUGCAGGCACUUCGACCGAUGUUUGUAGCCACGAAAAUAGUUUCAGAGGAGAAGAAUCCCACUUUGUCCAUCAUUGCUCCAGUGCAUGCAAAGCUGCUAAAUGACACACAUCAGGCAAUGGGGGACAAACCAAUUGUGAGGGACAUCAAACAGGCAAUAAAUCAAGAUCUGCAGAAGAGAUAUAGCACUGUUGAGGAGAAAAACACCCUCCACACAGCAUCGGCCCUGGAUCCACGAUUUAAGUCACUGCCUUUCCUGACCACAGAUGACAUCAGUGCCACAUAUUCCAAACUGGUUGUGGAGGCAGCCAGCCUUCAGCUCACUAUUAGGCAAGAAGAGCAGGGCACCAGCAGUGCCUCUGGAAUAGAAAUGGAUGGACAGGAUCUUGAGGUGCUUGAAGAGCCACAACCUAAAAGAAGAUCUGGGCUAGCUGAUUUACUGGGAGAAACAUUUUCUACCACAGCCCCACUAAAGUCAGCAUUUUCCAAAGCUGAAGAGGAAGUGAAUAGAUACCAGGAGGCUUCUCCACUGCCACUUGAAGAAAACCCUCUCAACUGGUGGAAAGCUCAUGAGAAAAUGUAUCCUUUCCUGGCCAAACUCGCCAAAAGAUACCUGAGCAUUCCAGGCACAAGUGUGUCUGCUGAAAGGGUGUUCUCCACUGCAGGGGAUAUAGGCACAGCCCAGAGGAGCACUUUAACAUCUGAGCAUGUUGACCAACUGCUUUUUCUGAGCAAAAAUGCCAGCAUUCCAAAAUGAAUUUAACAUUUUGGUUCAUGACCUUGCAGCCAACUAGACUGGACUCUAGCAGUUCACAUUUUUGUUUAUUUUUCUCAAGUUGAUUGAAGCACUGAGUUACUCUUAUUUAUAUGAGUAUUCUAAGGUUUAUGUUACUCUAUUAAGUCUGCUUUGUGUUACUCUAUUGUAUUUAAAUAAUUUUAAUUUAUGUGCUGGGAGCUCAGCGUUCAAGUGAGAGGUCACCUAUUCCGAAAUAAUUACAACGGUCCUGUGUCCUGAAUGUUCAAUGACAAAGUUUUGCACUACCCUCCUAAGUUUUUGCACUGUUGUUCACAUAAUUAAAUGUGCCAUUUGAAGUGA